UGUCUCAAAAAAAGAAUGUCGUCUUCCGUGCCGUCGUCGUCCUCGCCUCGCCGUCGUUCUCCCGCGAAUCGCCGCAGCCAUGGCGCGCCUCCCGCCGCCCGCGAGCCUCAAGCUGCGGGGCGCAGACGCCGCCGUUGGGAUGAAGGGGAGAAGGAUGUGUCAACGUUGUCGUCAGCCUACGGGUCUUCCGUGGAGAAUCGGCCGAGCGAAAGCCACUGCAAGCAGCCAGAAACUUCGUCAGCUGCAGUGGAGCAGAGACCUGAUCCUGCAAUCCCGGGGGAUGAGCAGAAGUUGUGUAGUGAGAAGAUGGAUGCAAAGACCCACACUGAUCACAAGGAGGGUCAAUCCAGAAGUGCUCGUCGCAAAAAGAUGAAAAGACAGAUAAUGGCAGAAUCUAGAAUGGAACUGAGGGAGCUCAAGCUGUGGGGUGCAGAUGCCGCCGUUGAAUCCCGCGUGCACCGCCCCCUGGAGCCGCCGCGGCUGGCCGGGAACCUCCACCAGCAUGUGUCUCUGUGUUCUGCCAGCAGGCGCCAGGAACCAAAUCCGCCGCCGAGCAGUCGAAACCGGUUGCAGGCGCCGCCGCCACUGAAAUCCAAAGUUAGGCCUCGAGCAAGGUCGCCGCCGAUCACUCAGCUCCUAGCGGAGCAGCAGCACGCCAAGCGGCCACACCGAGGCGAGGCGGACUCGGCCGAGGUUGCUGUUGAAGGUAAGGAGGAAGGGGGGAGGGCGGUGUCAAUGUUGUUGUCAGUCGAUGGGUCAUCCGUGGAGAAUCGGCCAAGCCACAGCAACUGCAACUGCGAGCUUUAUUGCAUUUUGCAGCAGCCAGAAACUUCAUCAGCUGCAGCGGAGAGACCUGAUCCUGCAAUCCCGGGGGAUGAUCAGAAGUUGGGUAGUGGGAAGAGGGAUGCAAAGACCCAGACUGAUAACAAGGAGGGUCCAUCCAGAAGUGCUCGUCGCAAAAAGAUGAAAAAACAGAUACGGGCAGAAUCUGAAAAGGAACUGAGGGAGAUGAAAAAGGAUAAGCUGUUAGAAAACAUUAAAAAGCUGCAAGCUUGUAUCUGGCUUCUUGAGAAGGAAGGUGCAGACACGGCUGAAAUCAUGGAAUUCAGGAGUUUGCUUGAAUCGACGAAGAUGCAGUAUGUGCAGUAUGUGGAGAAUGAGACACAGUUGGCAAAGGAAGGAUCGAGUGCAUCACCUCAGGCGCUAAACAAGGAUAGACUCGAGAAAAUGCAUGUGGAAGCUCGUAUAGAGAAGGUUGAGAGAGAUGAGCAGAACUUGGAUUCUGGAAAGGCAGAGGGCAGUAGCCUGAUAGGUUUCAAGGCAGUCCUGAAACAGAACAAAUUAGCGGAGGAGGUGAAUUUUCUUAAGAGUGAACUUGAAGCAGUCAGGCAAGAUCGUGAGUAUCAAUUAGCUCAGGUGCAAUCUUUGACGGUUGACAUAGCUAAGCAGAAAGAAGUUGCAAGAAAGUGUGGGGCUGAGCUAGAGAAUGCCAUGAGGAGAGUUGCUGCCCUCGAGGAAGGAGGCCUGUUGCAAAGGGAGACAAUCAGAACGUUGCAGAUUCAGCUUGCUUCUGCAAAUGAGAAACUAACGGGGCUGCCUUCUUCCACCAAAGAUUGAUGCGAAGCCAAAGGUUUGACCGAAUUGGCAUGUGCUCCAGCAAUGGUGGGACCUCCUCAUCAACGGUGUCGAUUUGCUUGGCAAUUAAAGGACCAAACACCGGUGCGUAUAAUACGAACACGAGGUAUCCUGAUGAUGCACAGAUUUGGUUGAUUUUACUACAACAGAAGAGCAGCAGCAGAACAGAAUAGUUUUGUACUGUUUUUUUUUUCGAGGAUCGCAUGUUCACAGGGUUUAUACUUGUAGUAAACCUAAAAAAGCUUGCUCGGGAAGGGGUGCGCCAUGUAUCUAGAUAGUUAGGAUAGCAGUAAUGCUGAAACUAAUGGCGGCGCGGUUAGGGUCUAUGAGAUGUAGCCGAUGCUGAUCGAAUGUGAUGUAACCGAGAUAUCACAACAAUUAUUUGUUUC